CGAUAAAAAAAAAAAAAAAAAAAAAAAAAAAAAAAGGUUAGGUUAGGUUAGGUUAGGUUAGGUUAGGUUAGGUUAGGUUAGGUUAGGUUAGGUUAGGUUAGGUUAGGUUAGGUUAGGUUAGGUUAGGUUGGGGUGCUGGGUCGGAAAACCUCCAAGAGUGCCCUGGCUCAUUGUACGGUCACUUGUCCUGGUGCGGAUACGUCCGGCGGGAACGGUGGCUGACAAUGGCUGGGGCCUGGUGCAUCCUGGGCAACGGCGGUAAGUGACUUCUCGCUAUUUAGAGAUCUCACUUACCGACGGCUAAUCUUCCGACGCCGCGGGUGGGACGAGUUCGUGACGCACUAUUUGUGUUGCGGAUUUGCCUGACUCGCUCUUCGUUUUCUUUCGUCUUCCUUUUGUUAUUCUUCGUUUUUGUUUUGUUUGUUUUAUUUUUGUUUUGAGUCUUUACUGUCGUCUUUUCUAUCUUCUGUUUUCUUUCUGUCGUUUUGUUUUUUCUAUCAUUUUUCGUUUUCAAUUUCCUUUCGCCUUUCACGGGACCUCCCCCGUUAAAAAAGGAAAACAUGAGAAUGGCCAGUCGCAAAACUGAAUUCCCCAGGGCGGUACCGUCGGGAGACGGAGAAUCCGCCACCACCGCACCGGUUCAGCCGGGGGUGGUCAGCCCCGUGUAUCUGGGGGGGGCAACGGAAGGCCAGAGGGGAGUAGGAGAAGAUGUUGUUGUGAGAGGAGAGAUAGUGAAGGAGGUGGGACUGGAGACCAAAGUGGUCCCGGUAAGAGCUCGCCGGAGUAUGGAGAUCGAUCCGGCUAUGGACGAUGAAUUGUCCAUGCUUGCCCGCGAGAUCGACAGCUCACUUUCGCGGUCGACUUCGUGUGCAAGUAUGUUAUUCAGUGAGGAUGAGGACUUUUUGGAGCGUCCUCGCUCCAGGCGCAAAAGGCGCCAUUCGAGAAGUGAUGAGGAGUCGUCAGUUGUCGAAAGCGACUCACAAACCUCGGCUAAGAGGAAGGGAAAGGCUGGGAAGGCAAAAGCCCCCAGCAGCGCAGAGCAGUUCCGUGUCGCUCUGUACGAAGGAGGAACACCGUUCCGCCCAAGGCUAUUUCACCUAAGGCCACGGGCCGAUAUGCAGGACUGUCGCAGGCGAGGGCCGACCUUGCCGAAUAUGUCGAUAGAGAAAUGGAGAAAGAGGCCGCAGAGGCCGUUGCCGGCACUUCGAAACCAGUGA